AUGGGGGGUUCCCACGGCGUGUGCUACGGCAUGACAGCCGACGACCUCCCACCGCCGAGCGAAGUGGUGCAGCUCUACAAAUCCAACGGCAUCGCCAACAUGCGCGUCUACUCCCCCGUCGGCGAGGUGAUGGAGGCCCUGCGCGGCUCGGGCAUCGGCCUCGUCCUCGGCGUCGCCAACGAGGACGUCGCCAGCCUCGCCACGUGCGCGCCGUGCGCGGCGUCGUGGGUGGAGGCCAACGUCAGACCCUACCACCAGGACGUGAACAUCCUGUACAUCGCGGUGGGCAACGAGGUCGACGCGGCCGCCGCCGCCCAGACCAUCCUCCCGGCCAUGCGGAGCCUUCAGGCCGCGCUGGCUGCGGCGGGGCUCGCCGGCAGCAUCAAAGUGUCCACGUGCGUGAGGCUCGACGUGGUCACCGACACCUUCCCGCCCUCCAGCGGCGCGUUCGCGCAGCCCUAUAUGGUGGACGUCGCGCGGUUCCUGGCGGCCGCAGGCGCACCGCUGCUCGCCAACGUGUACCCGUACUUCGCCUACCGGGGCAGCCCGGGCGACGUGGGCCUCGGCUACGCGCUGUUCCAGCCGGGCGCGGCGGUGAGGGAUGGCGGCAGCGGGCUGGUGUACACGAACCUGUUCGACGCCAUGGUGGACUCCGUCCACGCCGCGCUGGAGAAGGCCGGCGCGCCCGACGUCAGGGUCGUCGUGUCGGAGAGCGGCUGGCCGUCCGCCGGCGGGGCGGCCGCCAGCGUGCAGAACGCGCAGGCGUACGUUCAGAACCUGGUAGACCACGUCGCCCAGGGCACGCCCAAGAGGCCUGGGCCGCUGGAGACGUACGUGUUCGCCAUGUUCAACGAGAACCAGAAGCCCGGCGAGCCGACGGAGAAGAACUUCGGCCUCUUCUAUCCUAGCAAGGCUCCGGUUUAUCCUAUCACCCCAUACGGCAAACAUCCAACCGUGCACUCCAUCGGCGUCUGCUACGGCACGCUGGGCAACAACCUGCCGUCCAGCAGCGACGUGGUGCAGCUCUACAGGUCCAAGGGCAUCAAAGGCAUGCGCAUCUACUCCCCCGACGCCAAAGCCCUCGCCGCCCUGCGCAACUCCGGCAUCGCGCUCAUCCUCGACACCGGCAACGGCGGCGGCGUCCUGGGCCAGCUCGCCAGGAGCGCCUCGUUCGCGGACUCGUGGGUGCAGAGCAACGUGCGGCCCUACUACCCCGCCGUCGGCAUCAAGUACGUCGCGGUGGGCAACGAGGUGCAGGGCGACGACACGCGCAGCCUCCUCCCGGCGAUGCGCAACCUGGACGCCGCCCUGGCGCGCGCCGGCUUCCCGGGCAUCAAGUGCUCCACGUCGGUGCGCUUCGACGUGGUCGCCAACUCGUUCCCGCCCUCCAGCGGCUCCUUCGCGCAGGGCUACAUGGCGGACGUCGCGCGCUACCUGGCCGGCACCGGCGCGCCGCUGCUCGCCAACGUGUACCCUUACUUCGCGUACCGGGACAACCCGCGCGACAUCAGCCUGGGCUACGCCACGUUCCAGCCGGGCACCACCGUCAGGGACAACGGCAACGGCCUCAACUACAACAACCUGUUCGACGCCAUGGUGGACGCCGUCGUCGCCGCGCUCGAGAAGGCCGGCGCGCCCAACGUCAGGGUCGUCGUGUCCGAGAGCGGCUGGCCCUCGGCCGGCGGCUUCGGGGCCAGCGUCGACAACGCGCGGAAAUACAACCAGGGACUCAUCGACCACGUCGGCCGCGGCACGCCCAAGAGGACCGGCCCGCUGGAGACCUUCGUCUUCGCCAUGUUCAACGAGAACCAGAAGGGCGGCGAUCCCACGGAGAAGAACUUCGGCCUCUUCUACGGCAACAAGCAGCCCGUGUACCCGAUCCGGUUCAACUAAUUAAGAGUGGCGGAUCGGAGGAAUAAUACAUCUUCAUCAAUCAAUUAACCUAAUAAUAUGCUACAUGAAUAAGCUGCUGCGUGCAUGUGGCCGGCCGGACUUGUGGAGGAGCGGUGCAAUUAACUUGUAUGCACGUACUCUAUCUAUAUAUGAUGAAUAAAAAGAGAUAGAAUUCUGAUGCAUUCAUCUUA